CUUCCUGGCUCGCGCGCCCUCAGGACUCGGGACCGACGCGCUCCGCGGGGCUGGACGGGCGGCGGGCGGCGGGCUGAGGGUGGCGUGUCGGCGGGUCGGCAGCUACUGGGCCGCCUCGCUAUCCGGAGACAGCCCGUCCACCCGGGCGCAGCGAAGCUCUUCUCUCCACCGCCGCCCUUUCCGUCCUCGGAGCUCUCCAGGGAAACCACAUCUUUUCCCUGGAGUGGGAGUCCGAGGGGCGCGCUCGGCCCUGCUUUCCCUGCUCGUCCUCUUCAGCCUGCGCCGCGAGCGGCUGCCCGCCGGGCCAGCACCCCGCGUGUGGAACUGCACCCCUUAGCCCCAAUGCCGGGGCGAGGAGAGUCGAGCGGGUGCCGGUGGCUGGAGCUGUGCCGGUGUUCCCAGGUGGCGAGCGCGGCCACAGCACCGGGCGCUAAGUUUUACGCGCGCAAGUCGCGAGGACUGUGUGUGAGUCUGGUAUAAUUUGGCAUCCUGAGAGUCUGUCUUAGCAAGAAGGAAGUGGAAAAUACCCUUGAAAAGAAAACUAAAACAAAAAGGAAGCCAAACUUACUUUUACAUGGUUAAUUGCUCACUUGCCAAUAUGGACACUUUUCCCACGAUUUUUCCUUCUGGUGGAGACGGUGGGCUGACAGAUUCUCAAUCUGAGUUUCAGAAAAUGUUAAUUGAUGAAAGGUCACGAUGUGCACAUCAUAAAACUAACUAUCAGACUCUUAAAGCUGAACAUACAAGAUUGCAGGAUGAGUACAUAAAGUCACAACAUGAACUAAAGCGCCUGUUAAAUGAAAAGCAGACUGACCAGGAAAAAUUUCAUAUGCUUCUUGAAGAGCUAAGAGGGGAAUUGUUAGAGAAAGCUAAAGACUUAGAAGAAAUGAAACUGCAGGUAUUAACUCCACAAAAGUUGGAGUUGUUACGAGCCCAAAUACAACAAGAAUUAGAAACUCCAAUGAGAGAACGUUUUAGGAAUCUGGAUGAAGAAGUGGAAAAGUAUAGAACUGAAUAUAAUAAGCUUCGCUAUGAACAUACAUUUCUCAAAUCAGAAUUUGAACACCAGAAAGAAGAAUUUGCACGUAUUUUAGAAGAAGAAAAAAUAAAAUAUGAAUCAGAGAUUGCAAGCCUGAGGAAAGAUAAAGAAGAACUACAUAAUCAACUGCUUAUGGUUGAGCCCUCAGGAGACCGCAAACGAGCGGAGCAUCUUCUUCAAGAGAAAUUUCGUUUGUGUCAGAAAGUAAAAGGUUUAGAGGCUGAAGUAGCAGAAUUAAGGGCUGAAAAAGAGAAUUCUGGUGCUCAGGUAGAAAAUGUCCAAAGAAUUCAGGUGCGGCAGUUGGCUGAGAUGCAGGCUACAGUCAGAUCCCUGGAGGCUGAAAAACAGUCAGCUAAACUACAGGCUGAACGUUUGGAAAAAGAACUACAAUCAAGCACUGAACAAAAUACUGUUCUAAUCAGUAAAUUGCAUAAAGCUGAGCGGGAAAUAAAUACGUUGACCAGUAAAGUAAAAGAACUUAAACAUUCAAACAAACUAGAAAUAACAGACAUCAAACUGGAGGCAGCAAGAGCUAAGAGUGAGCUAGAAAGAGAAAGAAAUAAGAUUCAAAGUGAACUGGAUGGAUUACAGUCAGACAAUGAAAUUCUCAAGUCAGCUGUCGAACACCACAAAGCUCUCCUAGUAGAAAAGGAUCGUGAAUUAAUACGUAAAGUACAAGCUGCCAAGGAAGAAGGUUAUCAAAAACUUGUGGUAUUACAAGAUGAAAAGAUAGAACUUGAGAACAGAUUAGCGGAUUUAGAGAAAAUGAAAGUGGAACAUGAUGUCUGGAGGCAAUCUGAAAAGGAUCAGUGUGAAGAGAAAUUGCGGGCUUCACAGAUGGCAGAAGAGUCGGCCAGAAGGGAACUUCAGAGUAUUAGGUUGAAACUUCAACAACAAACUGUGAAUAUUGAAAAUGCAGAGAAAGAAAAAAAUGAAAAUUUUGACCUGAAACAGCAAAUCAGUAGUUUGCAGAACCAAGUGACCUCGCUUGCACAGUCAGAGAAUGAGUUGCUGAAUUCAAACGAAAUGCUGAAAGAAAUGGUGGAGAGGUUAAAACAAGAAUGCCGAAAUUUAAGAAGCCAAGCUGAAAAAGCACAACUGGAAGUUGAACGGACUUUGGAAGGAAAACAGAUACAGUGGUUGGAAGAAAAGCAUAAGCUUCAGGAACGUAUCAGUGACAGAGAAGAAAAGUAUAAUCAAGCUAAAGAAAAACUACAGCGAGCUGCGGUUGCCCAGAAAAAGAGAAAAUCUCUUCAUGAAAACAAAUUGAAGAGACUACAAGAGAAAGUAGAAGUGUUAGAGGCAAAGAGAGAAGAAUUAGAAACAGAAAAUCAGGUGUUAAAUAGACAAAAUGUUCCAUUUGAAGAAUAUACAAGGCUUCAAAAAAGAUUAAAGGACAUACAGAGAAGACAUAAUGAAUUUCGAAGUUUAAUUUUGGUUCCUAACAUACCUCCAACAGCAUCUAUCAAUCCUGUUACCUUUCAAUCAUCAGCCAUGGUUCCAGGCAUGGACUUAUCCUUUCCUCCUCAUAUGCAGGAGGAACAGCAUCAAAGGGAACUCUCUCUACUUCGCAAAAGACUAGAAGAACUAGAAACAACACAAAGGAAACAACUAGAGGAACUUGGCUCUCCUGGGGAAUGAUGUUCUUGGAGAAAAGGCAGAUAAAAGAGAUGAAAUCAGCGUGACUCAAUAAAGCUUGAAGUUUUAACAUAUGUGGCAUUUAGAUAUUGUAUUACUGUUUGCCAGAACAUUUGAAUGUGCUUCGAGAAAAGGUACUGGCUACAUGCUAUAUUGCAUCAGUGUCAGGAUUUUAGGAUUAUACUAAUGAUAAGCGAAGCAUUAAAACAGCUCAAGAGAUAUUUAGAAUAUUUAUUGACAACCCUUUGAGAAUGUUAAAAAAAAAAAAAAAGGAAUCAAGUUUUUAAAUUAUUUUAUUAAUUUCACUUCAAAAUUUUUUGGCUUUCUUUUUUUUUGGCAUUUUGCCUAAAAUAUGCCCAUGUUGAAUUCCUUCAGCCUCUUUGAGAUGGUUGGCAGUAACAGGGUCAGUAAACAUUUUCCAGUUUACUUUAUACAGGAGUUCUAAACUUCUAGUUCUUGAAAAAAGAUGGCAAUUUAAAAGUCAGCAUUAAAAAACAAAACUUGAAGAUAUCUAAAUAUUAUAAAAUGCUACCAUUCUAAAAGCUGUGUGCACAUAAUUAAAGAACUUAAUAUUUUUCUAUAUUGUUGUGUGUUUAAUUUUAUUUUGACCAUACAGUGUGUAUUUAGCAAUGUAGAAGAUCUCAUUGUUAUUUUCUAUUCUAACCCAAAGCCACAAAGUACAAAUAAUUAUAUCCUAUGACCGUAUAAAACAAGGGCCAUUCAUUGUAAAACUUGAAUCCCUUGGGGUCCCUUAGAAAUACUAUUGGUAUUUAAUGUUGGCCCCCACUGUUGUGGAUCUAACCAAGUUAUUAUAAAUGUUUUAUUUCUGUGUAUCCCUAACCUCUUUUAAAGGAAUUCUGCUGCAAUAACUUCACAUCAACAAGGCAGAGCUCAAGUCCGCCAAACUAAGUGGAAUGUUCAUUGUCCAGAAGUCUUCAGGAUCAAAAGUCCAGGUAGAUAGUGGAGGCCAGGGUUGUAACUGAGCAGUCCUUAGCAUCAUUUAGAAGAAACUAGAUGUACUUACUCCAUUACAGAGCUGCUUAUUCACAUAUGCGCUGGUACCCAGAUAAUUUCCAUGGAGCUACUUAGAAUAAAAACUCUUCUAUAAUAGAACAUUUGAAGGAAAAAAAAAAAAAAGGCAGUCCACAUUUACAUCAAAAUGUUUAUUUUUGGAUAUAGACAUUUAAAACAUUCAUCUCCAAGUACAGCUUCAAUCAGGUAUACAAGAAGAAAUAGACUUUAGAUCCCUAAUAC